AUGGAUGACAUUGAACCGACAUCUGGCGAGAUGUCGACCAGCCCGAACUACCUGGUUUUCGUCGGACAAAUCUUUGGUCUCAUCUUUGCGCCGAUCUCAGUUUGCCUGCUGGUAUACUCGCUUUGCGAGGUCAUCUUCGAAUGUUGCAAGAAUUUGGCACUGACAAUGGCUUUGACAGUGAUUUUGUUAAUCUACAUCUUCUCAUGUUUCUUCGUAUUCGGAUCGUGGGUUUUCCAGCUAUUACUAUUAGCUAAACUGCGCAUGGACUUGAUGCCAUGCGAAGUAGCGGGGAUGUUGUGCUUGACGGCAUAUGUGGUGACCAAACUGGUCUACCUUUUCAUGGUAGAGAAAGCGCAUGUUAUCCGAGGCACGACAAAAUCUCGUCUCAAAUCGAAAUUGUAUUUGUCCAAUACGUUCGUCGUGCUGUCUGACUACAUUUGUCUCUUCAGUCGCCGACCUCAUUAUGAUAAGGGAAGCGCUGUUUGUAUCAUUGGACUGGAGUCUGCCGUCCUUUUGCCAGUCAUAAUCUUCGAUGCUGUGGUCAACGUCUACUUGACUUCACUCUUUCUGACUCCAUUAUUAGGGCUGUAUUCAGUUCGAAGUUGGAUAAAAAAGCCAGGGGCUGUACAUGAGAAUAUGCCGCAACUUUCUCGGGCUCCUCCCAACAUUAGAUUGAGGAAACUUGCUUUACGGACUUUCGCUGGUGUCCUCGGCACUUUGCUUAUCAGCAUCGCGUGA